CGGAAUGGCAAAAGGAGAAUGCGCAUGGAGGACCCUGGUACGAUGUGGAGCUGCUGAAGUUGAUCAGCGGCUUAUUGACUCCCAGUUUAAGCGCGUAUCCGGCGAAUCUGAGAGUAAAUAGGUCUGCGUUAAGUCUCUUCUUCGGCGGGGCAGCUCUCUCGCUGACUGAUGGAAGUAGAGAGGAGGAAAAAGGGGAAAUCUCUUCGCUCGGGCAGAAGCGCCAUGCACUGGCGGGGCAACGUCUGAGGCUCGAGCUCCUGCUUCUUCCCUUCCUUCCUUCUCUGAAAUGUAGCUCGUCGCCUCACGAUGGACCGUGCAGUCAGUGUUCGCGCGCGCCUGUAGUAUGCUAUCGAGUCCGAUAUGUCUGAUGUGACGCCGAGCAAAAGCGUGGAAUGGCUGCAAGUGGAGUUGGAGUCCGGAGGAGGCACUUCUCUGCUCCUGCUGGACUGCCGUCCGCACGAGCUCUACGAGUCGUCCCACAUCGAGACCGCCAUCAACCUGGCCAUCCCGGGGCUCAUGCUCCGCAGGUUCAAGAAGGGCAACAUACCCAUCCGGACCAUCAUCCCCAACCACGAGGACAAGGAGAAGUUCGUCCGGAGGUGCAAGACGGACACGGUGGUCCUGUACGACGAGUGCACGGUGGACUGGCAGGACAGCGGCGCGCCCGCCUCCGUCCUGGGUUUACUUCUCCAAAAACUCUGGGAGGACGGCUGCAAGGCCUUUUACCUGGAAGGUGGGUUUGUGAAGUUCCACACGGAGUACCCCGAGCACUGUGAAACCCUCCUGGACAGCUCCUGUCCCAGCUCCUCUCCCCCGACGUCGGUCCUGGGCUUCGGGAAUCUCCGGAUCAGCUCAGAUUGUUCCGACGGCGAGUCGGACCGAGAGCCCGGCAGCGCCACGGAGUCGGAGGAGAGCCCCAUCCCCAGCAAUCAGCCCGCCUUCCCCGUCCAGAUCCUUCCGUACCUUUACCUCGGCUGCGCCAAAGACUCCACCAACCUGGAUGUGCUGGGCCAGUACAACAUCAAGUACAUCCUGAACGUCACGCCCAACCUCCCCAACAUGUUCGAGCACGACGGGCACUUCAGGUACAAGCAGAUACCAAUUUCGGACCACUGGAGUCAGAAUCUAUCGCAGUUCUUCCCAGAGGCAAUAUCAUUUAUCGACGAGGCCCGAUCGAAGCAGUGCGGCAUCCUGGUCCACUGCCUGGCCGGCAUCAGCCGCUCCGUCACCGUCACCGUGGCCUACCUGAUGCAGAGGCUCAACCUCUCCCUGAACGACGCCUACGACUUCGUCAAGAGGAAGAAGUCCAACAUUUCACCCAACUUCAACUUCAUGGGCCAGCUCCUGGACUUCGAGAGGACUCUGGGGCUGCACAGUCCCUGUGACAACCGCUCGACCAGCGAGGAGCAGCUCUUCUUCACCACGCCAACCAAUCACAACGUCUUUCAGCUGGACACGCUGGAGUCCACAUGAGGGUCCGUUGGACAGCUUUCCCUUUUGUCUCUGAGGUUUUUUUUUUUUUUUUCCCCCUGAACCUGUCGGGCGUCUGACGAGCCGACACAAGCGGCGAGUCGGUUACAGUAUUCUGCACCCAAAGGAACAGCAGCCGUCUGCAGAGAACUGCCAGAUCGCUUGGCGAUGCCUUAACGUCUAACACGCCACGCGUUUCGCUAUCCAGCCACACAUGGCAUUAACCAGUGCUCAUGUACAGCCACGAUAACUGAACAUUUCAUAACUUUUCUAUUAAACCCGUCGUUUGACUGUUACUUGCUCUUCACCAGCUGUAGAACGGACGUUUUAAUUUUUUGUACCGGUUUGUGAGCGUUGCCUUGAUGGUC